AUGAAGCAGAUGGCUAUGGAAAAUGAAUCUUCAGUGAAAGAGUUUAUCCUUGUGGGAUUAACAGACCGAUCUGACCUCCAAAUGCCCCUAUUCUUACUGUUCCUGGUGAACUAUAUAGUCACGGUGGUAGGAAAUUUCUGCUUAAUGAGCCUGAUUUGCCUGAACUUGCAUCUUCACACCCCCAUGUACUUCUUUCUCUUUAAUCUGUCCUGCAUUGAUUUCUGUUAUUCUUUUGUCAUUAGCCCCAAAAUGUUGAUGGGCUUUGUCUCAGAGAGAAACAUCGUCUCUUUCACUGGCUGCAUGAUUCAGCUCUUCUUUUUCUCCUUCUUUGUCCACUCUGAGUGCUACGUGCUGACAGCCAUGGCCUAUGAUCGCUACGCGGCCAUCUGUCAGCCCCUGCAGUACAUGGUCCUCAUGUCUCCCAGGACCUGUUCGCUGCUGAUGUUGGGUUCCUAUUUGAUGGGGUUAGUUGGUGCCGUCAUCCACACAGCAUGUGUGAUCAGGCUCAACUUUUGUGAUUCCAACAUCAUCGAUCACUACAUGUGUGAAAUCUUUCCCCUCCUCCAGCUCUCCUGCAGCAGCACCUAUAUCAGUGAGCUUGUGACUUCUAUUGUUGUAGGGAUAGUUAUCUGUUUUUCUAGCCUCAUUAUCUUAAUUUCCUAUGCUUUGGUUCUCUUUAAUAUUAUUCACAUGUCAUCAGCAAAGGGCUGGUCCAAAGCCAUGAGCACCUGUGGUUCUCACAUAAUCACUGUGGUCAUAUUCUAUGGGUCUGGGCUACUCGCUCAUAUUAAGCCAUCAUCUGUUGGGGCUGUGGGCCAGGGGAAAUUUUUCUCAGUGGUUUACACUCUUUUAGUAUCCAUGUUAAACCCUCUCAUUUAUAGCCUCAGGAACAAGGAUGUCAAAUUUGCUCUGAAGAGAACCCUAAAGAGAAUCACAAACUGA